AUGUUGUCUAGAGUAGCCCAGGCUUCCCGCUUGGGCUUGAUGACAGCUCGUCUGUCACAGCCCGUCGCAUCUCCCUCUCUCCGAGCGAUUCCCGCUACUGCUCCUCACUUUGCCUCGCCAUGGCUCCGAUCAUACUCCAAGCGUUCAUCCGGUCAACCGCCCAAAGAUUCGAAACAGAAGCCUUCGAAAGCCCAAAAUGAUACUGAGGCCGCAAAGACGCCAGAGAAGCCCGCCGAGAAUGACGUUAACAAGGCUAGCGAGCAAUCGCCCGAUGCUCCCAAAGAGGGGGAGCAAAUACCUUUCCACAAGCUCCCCGACUUGACACAAGGUAUUCCUUCAACACUUUUUGAGGAGAUGGGAGGCGAUAAGAAGAAGGAGCAACAGGCUCUUCAAGAAUUGGAGGAGGCCGAAUCCAAAGGUGGCGAGCGGGACCGCUCGGAAUACGUCUCUACUUCUGAGCGAAACCGCAAGUGGUGGACAAGAUUUAUGCUUACUGCGACCGCUGCUGGUGGUACACUGAGUCUUCUAUAUAUGGGCCGCAACUGGGAGGAUAACAUCGAAGCUGAGCGUCACUCUGAUAUUCCCAACGGCCCUGGUCCUGGAUUGUGGUGGAAGCGUGCCAAGGCCCGUAUGACCGAGUCCGUUACUUACUACCAGGAGCCCGCCUUCGAGAAGCUCUUGCCCGAUCCCGACCCUACUUUCGAGCGCCCUUAUACCCUCUGCUUGAGCUUGGACGACCUCCUCAUCCACAGCGAGUGGACUCGUGAGCACGGUUGGAGAAUCGCUAAGCGACCUGGUGUGGACUACUUUAUUCGAUACCUAAGCCAGUACUACGAGCUGGUUCUCUUUACUUCCACCCCCUACGCUACUGGUGAGCCUGUCAUGAGGAAAUUGGAUCCUUUCCGCUUGAUCUUGUGGCCCCUCUACCGAGAGGCUACCAAAUUUGAGGAUGGAGAGAUCGUCAAGGACCUCUCCUAUCUUAACCGUGACCUGUCCAAGGUAAUCAUCAUCGACACCAAUGCCAAGCAUGUCCGCAACCAGCCCGACAACGCCAUUAUUCUUGACCCUUGGAAGGGUGACCGAAACGACAAGAACCUCGUCAACCUCAUUCCCUUCCUCGAGUACAUCCACACAAUGCAGUAUGCCGAUGUCCGCAAGGUGAUCAAGUCUUUCGACGGCAAGGAUAUCCCCACCGAGUUCGCCCGUCGUGAGGCUAUUGCCCGCAAGGAGUUCCAGGCCAAGCAGCUCGCUCACAAGCAUAGACAUGGCUCUGGUGUUGGUGCCCUGGGCAGCAUGCUAGGCCUCAACCCCAGCAACAUGAACAUGAUGGUGUCUCCCGACGGCGAGCAGAACCCCGCUGAGGCUUUCGCCCAAGGCAAGAUGUUGCAGGACGUUGCCCGUGAGCGUGGCCAGAGGAACUACUUGGAGCUUGAGAAGCAGAUCCGCGAGAACGGAGAGAAGUGGCUCAAGGAAGAGGCUGCGAUGAUGGAGGCUGCCCAGAAGGAGGCCAUGAACAGCAUGAUGGGCUCUUUCGGAGGUUGGUUCGGUGGGAACAACCCACCCGAGAAGAAGGCCUAA